GAAAGUGUGAUGAGAGCGAUGAAGAAGAUGGCUUUGGUCUCUGCUGCGUCGGUGUUUCUGCUCUGCUGCUUCGCCGCUGGCUCCCAAGGUUGUGAGCGGUUUGCUGCAACGGGCCAAAACGUCGAUGUUCCUCUGGGAUACAAUCUGAAAACUACAGAUACACUGAAAUGGAAGUUUAAAGAUACAACAAUAUUUUAUAAAAGGAAAGAUAAACUAAUUACUGGGAAAAAAGAUGCCGUCACUACAGAUGGAUCACUCAGACUGAUAAAUAUAAAUAAGUCCCAGGAAGGCGUCUACACCCCUGAGGUUUUCAAUAUAAACGGAAUUGGACAGCCCCUGAAAACGACACAUUUGUGUGUUUUGGACCCUGUGAAGAAGCCUACAAUAAACUCAACAUGCAUGAACUCAGAGGUUAUCUUUACCUGCGGUCAUAAUCAGCAACCUGAUGGUGCCCAAUACAAAUGGUUCCAGAGCGAGGAGCUGAUGAGCAAUGAAACACAAAUCUCUGUGAAAAGAAAAAUCGCAGAAAUUAAAAACGUCCAUUUUUCCUGUAAUGUGAGCAACGAGGUCAGUUCAGAAAAAAGCGAGUCUUGGACCAAUACCUGCAUUGAGCCUGUGAAGAAGCCUGAAUUAAAUGCAACGUGUAGUGACUCAGAGGUCAUCUUUACCUGCAUCGCUGCACAGCCUGAUGAUGCACAGUACAAAUGGUUGCUGAAUGGCAACGUGAUCGCCAAUAAAACAAAUAUCUCCCUGAUAAGAGGAAUUUCAGAAAGUAAAAAAAUGAAUUUCUCCUGUCAAGUUUACAACGAGGCCAGUUCUGAAAACAGUGGCUCUUUGACUCACUCCUGCGAGGAACCCAACUUUCUAGGUCUCCCAAAGGAGUUGUUUGGAAUCAGCAUCUGGGUUUUUAUUGGUUGUGGAGGAGGUUUUGUUCUAGUGCUGAUAAUCAUCAUCAUUGUGUGCUGUGUCCAAUGUAAAAGGAAAAAGAAGAUUAAAAAUAACGCUGUUGAGAUCGUGUCCGAGAUCUCCCCAGCAGGACGCUGCCUGUCAGUCUCUAUGCGAAAUCCCUGUUGA